AUGGCCGUGCAGGCCCUGGCACGGGUGCUGCGCCUCAGGGGCAGUCAGCCAGCUGUGGAGCUAAUGGACCAGGAGCGAGGCUGGCAGCUGCUGGAGGAGGCCCAGCCCGAGGGGUUCACUCUCCUUAGCAGGGCCAUAGUGACCCACCCAAACCUGGCCCUGAAGAGCAUCCCACAGCUUCUCCUUCCCAGCCUCCAGGCCAGUCAGGAGGGCGAACGCAUGGCCUGCACCGCCCUGUUCGCAGAGUUCCUCGGCAGCCCCCUGCUGAUGGAGAAUGAGCCCAAGGCGAUGCAGAAGCAGGUGGUGAAGGCCAUGCUGCAGCGGACAGAGGACAGCAACAUCCACGUUCGAGGCAGAGCGCUGCACGGCCUCAGGAACGCAGUGACCGAGUUCCCGGACAAGGUCAGGAAAAAGCGAGACCAGAUCCUGGAGAGCUUUGUCCGCGCCGUGUGCGAAUGUUGCGACCCCUGCACCAUUCUGGAAGCCAUGGAAGGGCUCUGCUGGAUGCUGCGGGACCCCAAGGCGCCUCUGAAGGCUCACGUCGCCGUCCCGCUGGCCCUGCAGGCGAGAAUGUUCUUUGAGGAUCUGCCAGGCUGA